AUGUCGACAACAUUGAAAAGCUACUUGGGACUCACCGAAACAUCUGGCGACGCGGCACCCUUGACAGCUUUACCUGCGUCAUGGUACACUUCUCCCGACAUGUUCGAACUGGAACGCCGUGCCAUAUUUUCACGCAAAUGGCUCUUGACCACGCACAAGCUACGCCUCUGUAACACCGGUGAUUGGCUCAGAUAUGAUAUUGCCGGGUUUGGCUUUAUUCUUGUCCGUGAUCGGGAGGGCAACAUCAAUGCUUUCCACAAUGUUUGCCGCCAUCGUGCGUUCCCUGUGGUGACUGAGGGUGAGGGAACUGCGCGAAUUUUCUCCUGCAAGUAUCAUGGAUGGUCCUACGGAUUGAAUGGCAAGCUUGCAAAGGCACCUGGCUAUCAAGAUCUUGAGGGCUUUGACAAGAGCAAGAACAGCCUCUUGCCAAUUCAUGUUCACAUCGAUGUCAAUGGCUUCAUUUGGGUCAACCUGGAUAGCAAGGACACUCCAGAACUAUCCUGGGAAGAGGAGUUCCAGGGCGUUGACUUACUGAGUCAAUUCCAGAAUCUUAAUGUUGAGGAUUACAGCUUCGACCACGCCUGGGAAAGGGAGGAGGAGUCCAAUUGGAAGACAUUAGCCAACAACUAUAACGAGGGCUACGACACGAAGAUAUCCCACCCCGAUAUACCUUCUCUUUCAGUUCUCAGCAACUAUAGCCUUGAAGCCAAGGAUGGCAGUAUCACUCACAACGCCGAUUCGACGCCAGAAAAAAGCCCCGCGGGUCUGAAUAUAACCAGUAGCUACUACUUCCCCAAUACCUCCAUGGUUGUUUCUCAACAUUUCUUCUUCCUACGUCGAUUUGUGCCUGUGUCCGCAACAAGCAGCAUUGAGCGAUACGAAGUCUAUCGGAGCAAGUCCGCCAGUGACGAUGACUUCGAUUUGGUCAAACAAUUAUACAAAAAUCUCAAGGGCGAGCUACACCCGACAACAGACAAGGGCCCGUUAUACUUCCAGAGUGUGGUCCGAGAGAUUGUGACCAACUUCCACAAGCGAGAGGAAGAGCUUGGUCAGGCAAUUUGGCCUUCUCGACAAGUCCUUCCAGCGACAGCUACUACUAGCCAAGAUGAUAUCGACUUUUGCGCCAAACUCACCACCCAAACCCCCGCGAAUGCUGACUGUGGGGCAUCCGGUGGAUGCUGCGGAGGGGUUGCUUGCGCGAGUGGUAACGAGGCUCUCGCUUACUAG